CAGCGUCUCGCGAGACUUGGGGCCCGUUUUUACCAGUUAUUUAUUAUUUUAUUUCUUGCUUUGUUUACAGUGGGACUCAACAGCGUCGGAGGUGACGGGAAAGCCACCAAGGAAUGAACCCCCAGCGGAGUGGCUGAAUGGCGAGGAACCUUCAAUAACUCCAAGAUAAUCUUUCACGCAGAACCAAGCCAAUUUAUUAGCGUGAUCUGUACUUAAAAAAAAUCCACGCACAGCUUUUAUCCACUUGACAACAUCUGAUCCUUGAAAGAGAAGAGCCGCGGGGUGUUUUUUUUACAUUCUCAGAGUAAACUGGGAAUGUUGGGUUGGGAAAACAAGUCCAUGUUUAUUCGUAAUUAAAGAUUAUCACCGGUUUCAGCCGGCUGCUUGCAGCAAUUUGUUGGUCGAGUGCACUGGGGGUGACGUCGGACCGUCUUUCAAAAGCGAACCACAGGUCUUGAAGCCGCGACGAAUGGGUAACGAACAAUAACGAAUCUGCUCUGCAUUUAAACCAACAAUUGCUUUGUUGAAACCGAAAAUAUUGAGCAUCGGAAACUCGGCAUCGGCUCUGCAAAGGAGAUCAUUAGACAAAAAGUAAAAACUCUCUUUGGAAAAAUAGACCUUUAGCAAGCUGCUGAACAUCAUAAUUUCAACAACAUUGAGGGCUUCUCCGUUAAAGUAAAGUUUAAGUUUGUUUUAAAGAUCUAGAACCUAAAGGUUUGGUUUUGGGGGGGGGGGGGGGUGUAACGAGACAGACUUUAAGCGCGCAUCAGACAUCAUGGCCUUCCUGGACAACCCGGCGAUCCUCCUGGCUCACAUCCGCCAGGCGCACAUAACGAGCGACGACACGGGCAUGUGCGAGAUGGUGCUCAUCGACCACGACGUGGAGGGUGGCUGCAUCUCGAGUGGCCAGUACGGCCCGGGCGGCUUGAGCCGCAGCUGCCCGCCGUUUGGCCCCGACAGCCGGCGCCUUUCGCCGGCAUCUCCGGCGUCGCCAGGGUCACCCGCCUCGGUGUGCUCCUUCGCGUCGCUCAUCUCGUCCGGCGGUCGCAGCGAGUGCGAGGCUCCGGUGCUGGAGCACUCGCAGUCGGUGGACAUCACCUCCGGGUGGGAUUUUGGCAUCCGCCCUCGCUCCAACACCGCGCAGAGGCUUGAGCGGUUAAGGAAAGAGCGCCAGAACCAAGUGAAGUGCAAAAACAUCCCAUGGAAGGAUCGGGGCACUCGGCAGUCUUCGGAGGAGCAGGCGCUGCUCUUUGACAAGAAAGAUUUCCGGACGAAGCGAGCGGAGGCGGCGGCCACCGGCGCGGCCACCUCACUCCUGUCCAUGCGUCUGGAGAAGUGUCCCCAUCAACUCAACAACCCCUUCAACGAGUUCUCAAAAUUUGACGGGAAGGGCCAUGUGGGCACAACGGCGACCAAGCGGAUCGACGUGUACCUGCCGGGCGCCAACCCGGAGCACGCCCACGCCAUGCACGUCGUCGUCAUGGCCAACGCGCGCGUCGGGGACCUCAUCGGCCUCACGUGCUGGCAGUACACCAACGAGGGCCGCGAACCCAAGCUCAAAAAUAGCAUGGAGACCUACUGCCUGCACAUCGCCGAGGACGACGGGGAGGUGGACGCCGACUUUCCGCCGCUCGACGCCACCGAGCCGAUCCACAAGUUUGGCUUCAGCACGCUAGCGCUGGUGGAGAAAUAUACGGCACUCGAGCAAGCGAACAAGCAGUCACUCUUCGUCAAAAUCAAUGUACCCCACAGUGGGUUCUCUCUCAUCCAAGUGGAUAACCUCAACGUGUCGAUGCGGGAGAUCCUGCAGAAGUCCAUGAAGAAACGCAAGGGAAGCUCGGCCUGGACGGGGCCUCAGUAUCGGCUGGAGAAGCAGAGCGCACCCAACGUGGCCGUGGACCUCGACAGCAGCCUCGAGUCCCAGAACAGCAUGGAGUUCUGUCUCGUGCGCGAAAACAGUUCACGCGGCAACGAGAGCCUGGAGGACGAGUUGCCGCUGGAGCUGGCCACGGUGCAGGUGUCUCUCAACAGCCACCAGUACAAGUCGUACCGUGUGAGCUGCGUACACAGGUUACGCAUCCACACGGACGUGCAGCUCGGUAUAUCGGGUGACAAGGUGGAGAUUGACCCCGUGACCCCACAGAAGACCACUACCAAGUUCCUCUUCAAGCAGAAGCCGGUGUCGAUAGACGCGGACCUCCUGUGCGCCUGCGACAUGGUGGAGGAGAAGGCCCCAGCACACGCGAUGUUCAAGCUUGUCUACCUCAACAACCACGACUACAAGCACCAGUUCUUCCAGGCUGAUGCUUCCACCAUCAACGAGAUUGUUCUGAAGAUCAACUACAUCCUGGAGUCGCGGUGCAGCGCCACGCGGACCGCGUACCGUUCGGCCAAGCAGCGCAAGCUCGCGCGCAGAUCGAGCUUCACCUUCAAGGACCGGCGCAGUACCGGCGAGCGGAGCAGCGGCAGUGGCGGAGCGAAGCCGUCGUAGCGGCGGGAGCGGAGGCGCGCGCCGUGGUGGCGUCGCCAUCCGCCCGUCGCCGCCCGAGGUUUCCGUCUCGAUUUAAAACUAAAAAAAAAUUUGUACGCGUUUUUUAAUUCCGUUUCCUCCCCCCCCCAUCUUGUUUUGUCAAAGCGAAUUGUCCACCGAAUGUUGCGCAGCGGCAGUUUGGUCUGGGAGAGGUUGGGGGGGGGGGGGGCGCAGGGGUUUCUUCCCGGCAGCGAAGAAGUGUGCAGCAAAUGGAUCUCGAAAUCGUAGCUAUGUGGAUACCCCGAAAAAUAAUUUGGGUCACGGCAAAAGUCGGGUCGGAAGUCGAAGCAUUUCCCUACUCAAACGAGCAUUUGGGCGGCAUCAACUCCGUUCAGGCAGUGGUUGAAAUUUGACAAUCUCGUGGCGAGAGGUUUUGAUAUCCACCCACCAAGUUGCAUCUGUUUGCAAGCUACACCCGACUGAGGUGAGUCUUUAUACCAAAACCAGCCCAGGGUUUGUCUUGUUUAAGAUGCAUUGAUCGAGAAGGCCUACUGGUUAGUAGUGGGCGAUGCGUUCGAUCGCUAUAGCAUUAAAAAAAAAUCACUUUUGUAUUUUUUUCCACCAGAGAUCUUGGGUUUGAUUCGUGUAUUUUCUGAAAGGCCGUUUUCCACUUGAUAUUGACAGAAAAAUCGGCCACACAUUUGCCGUUCUGCCAGUGUAUUUAUUUGUGAAUAGGGCCCCACCGUGCAAUCGUCCACAAAAAGGGCCUUUUUCGUAAUAGCAGCAGAUUUUCCAAUGUCGUAUACAUCCAGGAUUAAGAUCCCCCAUAUACCGUUGUGCUGUUAGCGAGUAGCACCUAUGAAGGCCGACACAGCACACAAUGGGGUGGGUGGCCAGCACCACGCCUGACCGCCUUUGUCUCCCCAGUGGCGAUGUUUACACACCGCACCAGGUACUCAUUUGAGGCCAAGCCGACCUAGGGAGGCCCAGGACUGGUUCAGAUAAUCGUCACCGGUGUUGGUGACUGAGCAGCAGUCGAACUCGGGUCUCCGGGUUCGUAGUGCAGCGUAGCGCCAACCGCUACACUACCGCUCCCCCACAGCACACGCUGUAACAAACGUAAUGGCGUGGCAGUUAAUGCCCUCUCCAAAUUCACGUGAAAAUUUCUGAUUUGGGGUCGUAGUUUUCUAUAUUUUUUUAUGGUCUUGUUAUGCAUUUAGAAUCUAGUCUGGCCAUCGGGUUUCACUGACGCAAUUGCAACGUAUGUGGAUAGGAAACCGAUCGAUUUUCAUAUGCACGAUUUGACGUGCGUGUCAUUAGUGUAAAGGUCGAUUUGAAUCAAUUAAUUGAUACAACCCUAAAAUAAAAGACCAUUUGAGCAGCUUUGUUUUGUAAUCUGGUUCUGCUUCUCAUGAACGCGGCUGGAGAUUUACGCCUUUUGCAACCGGCUUGUUAGGCAUGCGAAUGCAGAUUGUUAGGAUGACAAGCGGGAUUGUAGCAAUUCAUUGAAAUCUAUUUUUACACUGACCAUGUUUAAAAUGUGUCCCUGUAAGAAUCUGUAAUUUACAAUGUAUGCAAAUUAUAAUCUUGUGUCACACUUAGGCUAAUGGAGUGUACAAGACUGUAAAAAUGAGACGAUAGAACGGAUGAGAGGAACCAAUACAAAGGAGUGCUGAACAAGACACGCAAUUAUCGUCGAACUGAAUUUGCGACCCCAAAUUGUGACUUAGAUUUUUUUGGAUGGGGGUGAAUAACGAGAUGGCCAAUGAGAGGCCUGGAAAUUGAAUCGUGAAAUUCCCAAUGAGAGGACGUGGAAAUUGAGAAUCCGUUUGUAAUCACCAAUCAAGUUGUCAUGUGUUAAAGUAUUAUCCCCACGCUAUUAAUGAGUGGAUGCUGAUGGUAAAUGUAUGUUGGUGGGGGGGUGGGUUCAUGUUGUUUCAAGGCUGUGAAAGUCCCAGCCAGAUUCGUGUUGUUUUGUGAGCAUCGGCAUGGUUAUGGUCCUGUUUUUGCAAAACCGAUGCCGGAAACCAAGGCUCAUUUAAACCCAUUCGAAUUGUAAAUCCGAAAUCUUAAUUCUAUUGGAAUUCCACACGCGACUUAUUGCAAGGAGGAAGAAUGCAAGUUUUCUCAAUUUGCUUCCCCUUGUGCAGAAUUGGUGUGCCGAAAUUAAAAAUCUACAGUAUAUGGCAUUAUAUAAAGACAAGAGUUACGUUUUUGUAAUGCUCUAUCUGUUGGAAGCUCGUGGUGGAAAUUCUGCAUUCCUUUGGCAGGGGAGUGUUUCAUUCACUGGACAAGCACCGUCGACAAUCUCACAAGGCCAGUACUCGUUUUAUUGACUCUGGCGAGAAUGAUGAUGGGCUGAGUGGACCCCUUGGCCAAGGAUUUCACGUACUGUAUGACCCAAUCGUGAGGCACAUGCUCAGCGAAAGCGCCACCUGACUUGUGCAAUCAAUAUAAUCGGUGUCCAGAACUUAAUUUGGAUUAAUUGUGGUUCAGCGUUAAAGGAAUGGUAAAGUAAUACUAACACGGACAACCGAGUUAGACGAGUAAUGAGCGCCUCAUUGGGCCAUCAAUGGCUCAACAGGGACCCCCCCCCCCCCCCUGCAUGGACGUUAAUCAUUUUGCUUUAUCCAUGAAACAAAAUUGUCGGUACUAUUUUUAAAACUACUCCACACGUUGAAGAGAGACGAUGUCACCGUAUUUUUUUAUAAGAAUCAGGUUUUUUUUAUUUCUCAUGCCGAUUACUACGACGACUUGAGUUUUGAAAAUGUCGUGCUUGAUCACGGUGUGGUGGCAAGAACUGCUGCCCCUUCCUGACUCUGGGUUUUGGCAAAAUCGGUCAAAUCGGCAGAAAGAAAAACAGAAGUUGGGGGUGUCGCUUUCCCCGCCAAAUAUCGGUAGAAGCUGCCCUUUAUGCCCUUACACGAAUUUAAGCCCUGUGCGACAACAUUUUUAAGGAACUGUUCUUCAAUGGCCUUCAAUUGUCGAACCAAAAUAAUUUACAAAAGGUUUAGCAGACGAGACUGACUUUCAGUUUAACACGUAGGCUUUCGCGACCAAUGUUAUUCAUAAUCAACGAUUUUUGGGUUUAGAUCGCGUUUAUUUAUAAAUG